AUGUCUAAAGGACAGAAGAUCAAUCUAAACGAUUUGAUGGCUCCCAAGUCAUCAACGUUGCCAUCAGCUCCAAAGAGUGUUUAUGGAGAGGAAGACAAUCAAGGUUAUGGAGGCAGCAAUGCAUUCGAUAGAAGUGGUGGUGGCGGUUAUGGCGGUGGUGGUGGAUAUAACAGAGACAGAGAUAGUGGAUAUGGCGGCGGUGGUGGUGGAUUCAACAGAGACAGAGACAGUGGAUACAACAGAGAUAGUUAUGGUGGCGGUGGUGGUGGUGGUUACCGUGGAGGCGAUCGUCCACGUCCAACCUACAGCAGCCCAUCAACUCCCCCAGUUGACAAGAACAAGGGACCAUCUGUUCCAGAGGCAGACGACUUCCCAGCUUUGGGUGAGAAGCCAAAGAAGGCCCCAGCACCAAAGAGGGAGCCACAACAGCAGGGUCCAGGUCAACCCCAAUCGAACAAAUACGAGCCACCCGCAUCAAGAAGCGGACCAAGAUCAGACCCAUUCGGUGGCGCAAAGCCAAGAGAAUCACCUGUUCAGGAGCCAAGAGAGCCAAGGGGAGAGCCCAAGGAGCCAGGCACUACUGAGGAUCGCAUGUCGACCGAGAGGACCGACAGCCCACAGGAGCAGCAGCAGCAGAGAGACAGCGGCAACAGGGACAGCCGCGGCAGCCAAGAGCGCAGAGGUGGCGAUGAGGGCUUCGACGGAGACAGGGAGAGAGACGGCGGCAACCGUGGCGGCUACGGCGGCGACAGAUACAACAGAGGUGGCGGCGGCUACGGCGGCGACAGAGACAGCCGUGGAGGCGGUUACGGUGGCGGCUACGGUGGCGACAGAGACAGCCGUGGAGGUGGCUACGGUGGCGAGAGAAGAUACGACAACAGAGACAGAGACAACCGUGGUGGAGACGGAAGCUACAACCCAUUCAACAUGGGCCGCAGGAAUGACCGUGGAGGUUACGGUGGUGGCGGCGGCGACAGAGACGACAACCGUGGAGGCUACGGUGGUGGCGGCGGCGACAGAGACGACAGAGAGGGAGGAUACAGCAGAGGUGGAUACGGUGGUGGUGGCCGUGGAGGAUACAACAGAGACGGAGACCGCGGUUACAACAGAGACAACCGCAGCAGCGAGGAGCGCAGAGGAGGCGGCGGUGGUUUCAGAAGCUUCGAGGACAGACCACCUGCACCCACCAGCAACGUUGACUCUGUCGAUGACUGGAGAUCAGGCCAGUCCGUCGAGACCAACGCCUUUAGAAAGACAUCCAACCGUGGCGGCGACUUCCAAUCCCGUGGCGGCGACUUCCAAUCACGUGGAGGCGGCGACUACCAGCCCCGUGGAGGCUACAACAGACGUGGCGGUGACUAUCAGUCACGCGGAGGUGGCGGUGGUGACUACCAGCGCCGUGAUGGUGGCGACUACCAACGUCGUGGUGAUGACGGCGGCGACCGUGGUGCUCCAUUCCAGGGAUCCGACAGAAGCGAGACCCAGCAGCCACAAAACGAAUAA